AUGGAUAAUUGCAAAAAUUGUACAACUUGUUCAAGAGAAGUUGAAUCAUCUUAUAUAGACAUUUAUCCAAUCAAACCUCCACGACAAAAUGAUGUUUUGAGACAAACAAUGGUGUUACCUGAUGGUCGAUCGGUGAAAGUUGAAUUAUAUAAAGGUGAAGAUCAGAUGGCAGAGAUUAUGGCAUUAAUGAGACGAGAAUUAAGUGAACCUUACUCCAUUUAUACUUAUCGUUAUUUUAUAUAUUGUUGGCCGGAGCUGUGCUUUUUGAAUGUUGGUAUUGGAACUACAUUAGCAAAAGCUAUUAUCUGCGCUAUGACAGAUAGAGGAUGCGAAGAGAUUGUUCUGGAAACGGAAGCAUGUAACAACAAUUCUCUAUCUCUUUAUGCUCGUCUCGGCUUUAUUCGUGAAUCACGACUUUUUCGCUAUUAUAUGAGCGGUUCGGACGCUUUUCGGCUAAAACUUUAUUUGCCGGAAUCUCGAAAAGAAGAUGAGACUUCUGUUGUCGCUGCUGACUUAAUUUCGACUGUUUGUAUUAAGGACGAGGAGAAGACAAAAGAAGGAGAAGAAGAAGCAAAAGAAGCUAUUUGA